GAAAACACACAGAACCAACACAAACUCAUAACUGAUAAAAGGAGAUGAAACAGACAAGUACACUCUAUAAAAACCAAACAUCUCUUUGAACUCUUAACAAUAAAACCAAACACAAAAUUUCAACUUUCAUUUCUCCAUUUUUACCUUAAUUUUUUUUUUCCUUAUUUAUAUCUCAACCAUUCUUCAACUACAAUCUCUCUCUCUCUCUCUCAACUAUACUACCUUUUGUCAGAUCUUAAUGCUGUUUCUUGCAUACUGAGUAUAUAAGUAUCAUAUCUUAUGUAUUGAAAACCGUUAUUUUCUGCCAAUUCUUUCCACAGAACCAGCAUUUAAGACUCUGAUUCAUUUACCUUAACCGUUAUUUUCUUUCUAUUGGUGAAUAACACUACAAAUAGAAGAGAGAGUAAAAGUUCAAAAAAUAUUACCGCAACAAUUGACCUAUAGGGUGGUUUUGUUACCUUGUUUCUUUUCUUUUGCCUUGAUUGAGAAGAGUAACGUGUUGUGUGUAGUAGCAGUUACGAGAAAGUUUCACAUGAUGACACACAAACCUCAUUAAAAACAGCAAAAAAGGAAGAAAAAACAACAUACUCUGUUUUUCCUCUGUUUUUGUGUUAUAAAAUCUUAUUGAGAAAGCCUUGAGUUUCAUCACAAAAGAGCAGAAAUUUGAGUAAGAUUAGAAACAAUGUUAUCAGAGAAACAAGGCGAAGAAACAAUGAUGUCAAGCCUUAAUGAAACAAUUGAGCUGAAUGAAGAAAGAGAGGAAGAGAAAGGAGCAAGUCCAGGUUCUGGUUUCAAGAAUUUUCUUUGGCAUGGUGGUUCUGUUUAUGAUGCUUGGUUUAGCUGUGCCUCAAAUCAGGUUGCUCAGGUUUUGUUGACACUGCCAUACUCAUUCUCUCAGCUAGGAAUGAUUUCAGGCAUCAUAUUCCAAGUCUUCUAUGGAUUGAUGGGUAGUUGGACUGCUUAUUUGAUUAGCAUUCUGUAUGUUGAGUACAGAAGCAGAAAGGAGAAAGAGAAUGUCAGCUUCAAAAAUCAUGUCAUUCAGUGGUUUGAAGUGUUGGAAGGUUUACUUGGUCCUUAUUGGAAAGCAAUUGGAUUAGCUUUCAACUGCACUUUCCUUCUCUUUGGAUCUGUUAUCCAGCUCAUAGCUUGUGCAAGUAACAUAUACUACAUAAAUGAUCACUUGGACAAGAGGACUUGGACUUACAUUUUUGGAGCUUGUUGUGCUACAACAGUGUUCAUACCUUCAUUCCAUAACUAUAGAAUUUGGUCUUUCCUUGGCCUUGGCAUGACUACAUACACAGCUUGGUAUAUGACCAUUGCAGCCAUUGUUCAUGGCCAGGUUGAAAAUGUGGUUCACUCGGGUCCAAAGAAAAUGGUUUGGUAUUUCACUGGCGCCACAAACAUACUCUAUACUUUCGGCGGGCACGCAGUCACAGUGGAAAUCAUGCAUGCAAUGUGGAAACCUCAGAAAUUCAAAGCUAUCUAUUUUUUUGCUACUCUUUAUGUGUUCACACUUACCCUACCAUCUGCAAUUGCUGUCUAUUGGGCCUUUGGUGACCAACUUUUAGACCAUUCCAAUGCUUUCUCUCUUCUUCCUCGUAAUGCCUGGCGAGAUGCUGGUGUAAUCUUGAUGCUCAUUCAUCAGUUUAUCACCUUUGGAUUUGCUUGUACACCAUUGUACUUUGUGUGGGAGAAAGUGAUAGGAAUGCAUGACACAAAGAGCAUAUUUUUGAGGGCACUAGCAAGGUUACCUGUGGUGAUACCAAUAUGGUUUUUGGCUAUAAUCUUCCCUUUCUUUGGUCCCAUAAACUCAGCUGUAGGGGCUCUUUUGGUUAGUUUCACUGUCUAUGUCAUCCCUGCUUCUGCUCAUAUGCUCACUUAUAGGUCUGCUUCAGCAAGACAGAAUGCUGCAGAGAAAUUGCCCAAAGUUAUUCCAAGCUGGACAUUAAUGUAUGUGAUCAAUGCAUUUGUGGUGAUAUGGGUUACUAUUGUAGGCUUUGGAUUUGGAGGGUGGGCUAGUAUGACAAACUUCAUCAAACAAGUUGACACAUUUGGAUUAUUUGCUAAAUGCUACCAAUGUCCACCAAAACUACCAGCUUCCAACCACACAAUGCAUCACUGAAAAGUGAGGAAAAAAAUUAUGGUCUUUUCUUUGUUUUAGUCAUAUUUUCCAUCCCUUUUUGUUUAAUCACCAUAUAGAUACACUAUUAUUGUUAAUGUUUGUGUUCCUUGUGUAGCAAGGCAAUCUUUUUAUUAUUUUAUUUGGUUUUUGAUAAUCAUUUUGGAUAUAACCAUAGACUUGAUUAUAUACAACAAAUGUUGGAUUUGGUGAUUGGAAAUUGGCAUUUAGCAACAUCAA